CUCAUAUCACGUGGGCUUUAUAUAGAACUGCGAUUUCCUUGUCGCUAGGCACUCAAUAUUUGUACACGGCCGGGAAACGAUCGAAUUGUCUAAUUGAUUGAGGACCGGUUGUGCGCAGAAGUUACAGUCAACGAACAUACAGAUAGACCAAUAGACCCUUGUAACAAAAAGAUCCCGAUAUAGCCUGCCAUUCCAGCUACUGUUUGUGGUGGGAUACAAAUUGUCAAUUCAUCAAUUCAUCAAUCGGUGAACAAGUCCCAUCAACUGAAAUAUGACAUCACCAUAGAAAAGUCCAGAAAUGCUCAAGUUUAAGAACAUUAAUGUAACGUGUUGACUACUGUGACAUUACAGAUCCAUGAAGUUGUUCAGGACACAGUUCUUCAGACCAGUAAAACCAGCAUUUUGUAAAAUGUCUAUUUGUUCAAAUUGCAAAACGUUAUACAUGUUAUUAUUUGUAAGCACAUGAUUCCAUCAUUAAAAAAAUAAGCAGUGAUGUAUCAGACAAACUUGCACAUUGUGAAUAUUAUGUAUGAUGUUUAAUUAAACAGGGCCUAAAGAAACACUCACAGAGAAUUAGAAAGAAAUUGAAUAAUUACACGUGAUAUGCAAUUGUUAAUUGGAAAAUAUUAAUUAUAGAUUUUAAAGCUAUGGAUAACCGAGAGGAUACCGGUUCCGUAUAUAGAGAGGUACCUACAUGUUCUGUGACGUCAUCAAUGAUUAUGUCAAAUUAUUAUACUUCACGUGACUCUCCCAUGUUUAUUUUCUGCAUACUCGUCACUGCAUAACUUUUAUAUUCCAUGACGGUGGAACGCAAUAUGUCCCGAUCGUGAUAUAAUUUUUAAUAUACCCCAUGUGUAGAGCUAGUAGAGCUAAAAAAUAAUAGAAACAAAAACUAUAUUAUAGCGAAUAGUUUUACGUGCUUAAUAUAACAUGUAUAACAACCCCAUAUUGAUGAGUGCUUGUUUUUAUGUAUUAUCUUCAGAAGUCUAGGUAAAAAAAUAUAAAAAAAACAUUGGAUCUGCUGUAAGAAAACCACUCAAAUUGUAUGUUCAUCACAGCAUUUGAAUAUAAAAGUUUAUCAGUAAAAAUCGAACGUACAUGCUUCGGUCACUGUACAGAUCACGUGAAUAGAGAUAAGACUAGUAUCAUUCAUAAUCAAGUUUACACACAUUAUCAGUUACUGAUUAGUUGCAGUUCAGUUGAAUUGAAAACCUCAAUGUUGAUAGUGAGGUUUACAAAAAUAUAAAUAUCAUAUACUAAUAAACAUCGUUCAGCAAUUAGUUCACGGACAUGGCAUCUGAAUUUGAGACAUCAGUUUACAAAGGAUCAGACACAACCCAUGACUAUCCUUGUGAAAGUUGUGAUGAGAAUGGUAUAAAUAAUGAGGCAGAUGUUUACUGUGAAAACUGUUCGAAGUUUUUCUGUAACAAUUGUUUGAAACACCAUAAUAACAUGUACAAAAAACACAUCGCGUUUGGAAGACAAAACUCUACAAAAUGGUUUACCACCAAGAGAACCGACUAUGCAUUAGAGCUAUGUCAAGACCACAAGAGUGAGACGAUGCAGCUGGUAUGUGAAGACCAUGAUCAGCUGCUGUGCACAGUCUGUCACGUGUACAGCCACCAACAAUGCCAUGUGAAAUUGAUAUCUGAUGUUGUGACAUCACUAAAACAUAAAGCAGAUGUUGAGAAGUUGACAGCAAAACUUGAAACUUUACAUGGAAAGUUGGCUAGGAAGAAGCAAGCCUUAGAGGAAAGUAUACAGUCACUUGAAACAUCCUACAAUAAAAUUCUGGAAGAAAUCCACACUUUAAGAGAGGAAAUCAAUGAAUAUUUGGAUACACUGGAAAGUUAUACUGUCACCGAGUUAGACGCUUUACUUUCGGAUGCAAGGACAUCUCUUCAGGAUGACAUCCUGGACUGUAAACAGGUCAUUGAGGACAUGAAUGAUGCCCACCAUAAUAUGCAACGUAUAACCAGCAAGAGCGAUACUUUACAAUUUAUCACGUACAAAGAUUGUCACAAGUAUUUGGUAAAGGCAAAAUCAAUGAUAACAAGAAUUGCUGGCAAGAAUGAGGUUACAAUAGAGUUCCAACCUGAUGCUGAUUUCACAGAGACUCUAUCAACUCUUUUAGGAUUAGGAAAAGUAUACCACGUGAGGCAAUCAUCAACUGAGCCUAGCACGAAAUCUUACCCAAAAAUAUAUGAUCCAGUAAACUGCUCAUCUCAAUACGCUGACAUUGAACUCUUAAGUGAUGUUAACAACACAAAAUCCAUUUCAAUCAGCCAGUCCGCCGAUGAUAGCAAAACAAGUGAUGUGAACAGGCCAAAACUGGUGCUCAAUCCAGAAUACAGCUCUACCAGUCACAUUGACCAUGGAAGCAAAACUAUCGAUGUUACCAAGCAAAAACUGAUCUUCAAUCCAGUAUCAAGUUCUUCCCGUCACAUCGACCAUGAUAGCAAAACAAGUGAUGUGACCAAGCCAAACAAGGUGUCCAAUCCAGAAUCAAGUUCUAACAGUAACCUUGGCAAUGGUAGCAAAACAAGUGAUGUAACCGAGCCAAAAAUAUUGUCCAAUCCAGAAUCAAGUUUUACUAGUAACCUUGACAAUGGUAGCAAAACAAGUGAUGUGAACAAGCCAAAAGUGGUGUUCAAUCCAAAAUUAAGUUCUACCAGUAACCUUGACCAUGGUAGCAAAAUAAGUGAUGUCACCGAGCCAAAAAAGGAGUCCAAUCAAGAGUUAAGUUCUAACCGUCACAUUGACAAUGAUAGCAAAACAUGUGAUGGUACAAAACCAAAAAUGGCGGCCAAUCAAACAUUAGGUUUUAUCCGUCACCUUAACCAUGGUAGCAAAGCAAGCGAUGUGACCGAGCCAAAACUGGUGCCCAAAUCUGCAUCAAGUUUAACUAGUCAACUUGAACAUGUUAGCCUUAACAGUGAUUUUAACAAGCCAGCGCCACAGUCUGAUCAAGACUACAUCACACUUGAGGGAAUAACAACAGAGUACUCAGUUACAAUGAAACGUGAUUUAUACGUAUCCGUUAUAACAGGUAUCUGCGAGACAGCUUCCGGGCAAUUCCUCAUCACAGACUUUUCCAACAAGAAGGUAAAGCUGCUGGAUCAGUGCUACAAAGUGGUUGCCCACUGUGACAUGCCUGAUAGGCCACUGUGCAUAUGCAGUAUUGGCUCCAGCUUGGCGGCUGUUGCUGCAUAUGCAUCUAGCAAGUCAAUUUCGAAAAAACUAAUCAUGUUCAUCAGAGUGAAAAAUGACAAGAUUGUUAUUCAAAAGAAGCUAAAGCUCAAACAUGAAUGUAAAUGCAUAGCAUACCACAAAGGCAAUUUGUAUAUAACAUCAGGUCGAGCACUGUUCCUCUACACUGAGGAUGGAACAUUGGUGUGGAAGAUGUACGAGGAUAACUCUGGCAAUACAAACGAAACGGUCACGGCAUGUGCAGUCAGUCCAAAUGGAGACAGGAUAUAUUUGACAAAUGAUCACAGUAACCAUUUGAUCACGCUGUCCACCAUCCACUGCACAGUGAUCUCCAAACUGGAUUUAAACGUACUGAAGAUGCGUUCUGAAUUAGCCCAACCUGUCCUUUAUGGCCUCCAUGUAACAGCCAUGGGAAACGUUCUGGUGUGUGGGGGCUUGUCUUCAAACUCAAUUGUCCAGGUGGACAAACAUGGGAUAGAGGUUCUGGCAACGGUGGUGACUGAAGAGGGUGGAGUCAAAAGUCCGACAUCUGUCUACUUCAGUCAACAAACUGGCUCACUGAUUGUGGGAAUGUGGAACAAGGACAGCAUUCUUGUGCUUAACAUGAAGUAUUUAAAUAUUUGAAAUGGCAAUUUAUUCUGCAAUAUUUAAAUGGAAUAUGGCUUGAUAUGAAAUGUCAAACAUAUUUUUUAAUUUGUGUAAGUCAAACUAUAUGAUUUCACCUAUACCACAACCACUGAAAAUUGUAGAGCUUGUACAUUAACCAUAAGUGUGUCAAAAAACGACGUCAUUUCACAGUAAACAGUGUUCGAAACAGUGAAAUAUAGUUUUCAAAUUACUGAGAUUUCCCUAUAAAUCAGAGAAAGCCAUUAAAUAUGUUUUGUGUGUACAUGAUGGCUAGAUUGCUUUAAAUGUAUGUUAAUGCUCAGUUGAAUUAUCCGAAGGGAUAUUAAAUAAUUAUAACUCUCUGAUUAUACUCCUUUAAUUGACGUUUCGGCAUAAUGCCUUUAUCAAAACAUUGGAAAUUAUAUGUUAACUACAUUUUUACGUCUUUUGACUGCACAAUUUAAAUAACAAAGAAAAAUGUUUUUAAACGUCAAAUGACGUUGUACAUGAUGACGUCAUAAAUGGCGUUAUUUAAAAUGGCGCCAAAAAAUGUAAAAAUU